AAGCAAUCUUAUCUCUUCUCAUCGCAACCUCCCAUCUUGGCUUGGAAGGUCAGAGGGCAACUCCAUUUAUCACAGUUGUUUGUAACACAUCACGUUCGAUUAUGAAUUCUUCUGAUAUCCUGAGGAUGACUGCACAGUCCCCAUGGGAAGGACUAGUAUCCAAUAGCACCCCUCAACUGUAUACAUCAUCCAGUGUGACUGUGUACGUAGAUCAUGAGACAACCUCUCCCUCAUACAGCUAUGAGGAAUUCUACAAUGAAAAUGAUUCAUCUGCAUUCUCUCCCUGUAAAUAUGGAGGUCAUGGAGCAAACAUCCUCCCUGCGUUAUACACCCUGUUCUUCGUGGUGGGUUUUCCGGGUAACAUUCUGGUGGUCUGGGUGCUCUUGAUGGGUGUAAAGCUGAGAAGCAUGACUGACAUCUGUCUCCUGAACCUGGCUUUAGCUGACCUGCUGCUGGUCUCCACCCUUCCCUUCUUGGCACACUAUGCCAGGGACCAGUGGAUCUUCGGAGAGGUCAUGUGCACCGUCGUCCUCAGUGCCUACUACAUUGGAUUCUACAGUGGGAUUUUCUUCAUUGUACUCAUGAGUGUUGAUAGAUACUUAGCUGUGGUUCAUGCUGUCUUUGCUUUGAGAGUCAGAACCAGAAAAUAUGGGAUCUUAGCCAGCGUGGUCGUCUGGAUCGUUGCUGUUUCAUCAUCCUUUCCACAGCUAAUGCACCUGAAAAUCAGCAAUUACAAUAACACACAACUCUGUGCUGCUUAUCCCCUAAAUGAUUCUAAUCAUUAUUCAAAAACUUCUGAUAUCUUUAAGAUGAAUAUUUUAGGCUUAAUUAUCCCACUCAUUGUAAUUGGAUUUUGUUACUCAAUGAUUCUGAGCAGACUCCUCACAGCUCGCUCUUCCAGGAAGCAGGCCAUGCGUCUUGUCAUUGUGGUGAUGGUUGCCUUCUUCAUCUGUUGGGCUCCAUACAAUUUUGCAGCUUUUGUGAAAGCCUUAGAGCUUAAAAACCUCAUAGAUAACUCCUGUGAAAGCAGCAAUGCAAUCAGACUUAGUCUGCAGAUUACAGAAGCCGUGGCUUACUCACACAGCAGCCUGAAUCCCAUUCUCUAUGUGUUUGUGGGAGAGAAGUUUAGGAGGCAUCUGUUCAGACUCCUGUACAAGACACCCUGCAUCAGAUUACAGUUCAUGAAGAGUUAUCUUACACAAGCCACAGGGUCUGUUUAUUCACAGACCACAAGUGUUGAUGAGAGAUCUACUGCAGCAGUUUAAUUGGAGGAUUCAUCUGGGUAGGGAAAGCAGGCAAAGAACCAUCAAGUAAGGAUUUAUUUGCAUGGUGCGGCACAGUUUUCUGGGGCAGCCCAGGGUACAUUAUUACUUAUAUGUGGCCUGCUCUAUGGUCUUAAAUAAAAUGUGAUCACAAAUGCCCUCAUUCCUAAUAUAUAUCCACUAAUAUUAAGUUACCAUUUUGCUUGGUUUAUUAAAGGUGCACUCAGUAAAAUUAAUGCUUAUGUUGCGCUGACAUUUUAAACAUAUAUAUUUACCAUUAUCUACCUAUACUAUUCUGCUAUUAUUAUUUCUUUCAAGCUAUAAGUUUAGGAAUUACCAAAAAAAAAAAAAAACAAAUCACUGAGUCCACCUUUCCAAAAAAAAAAAAAAACAUUGUAGGGAAUAAGUGGGCAGGUUUUGAACAUAAGACUUCUUGCAUUAAAAAAAUCAUACAAUAAAACCAACACACCAUAAAAUCUUCAAAGUCUUAUAUACUGUAUAUACUGUAUAUGUAUAUAUAUAUAUAUAUAUAUAUAUAUAUAUAUAUAUAUAUAUAUAUAUAUACACAACAGUUAGUUCCAGUCCUCGAAUCUGAUUGGACGAGAGACGUUCCAUGAGCACUGAUGGUCUGACAUCAGCACUCUGACGCUUCACUGUGUGUAUCACUCCGCUUGUGUUUGUCGUCCUAAAUUGAAGUGUAAGAGCAGUGCAUAUGUGUUAAGAGCUACUUGCUAUGUGUCUCUUUUUACAUACAUUU